AUGGCCACGCUAUUCAGAAAACUACGCGAAUCUGCAGCAUCGUUGAAACGAUCCACCACCACCACAACAGCCACCUCCAAUUCAUCAGAGCGACACGCUCCUUUAGGUUUAUUCGACUCACUCCCUUCUGACUUACUCCUCAAAAUCAUACGACUGUUAGACCCUAAACACGCCGCUAAACUCUGCAUCGUUUGCAAAUCAUGGCGAUCUCUUGUCUCCGAUAACCAACUCUGGAACCAUUUCCUUCAGAAUCACCAACCUCUACACUACGAUUCCAUUAUCUUCUCUGAAACUAAAUUAACCUCUGGUUAUCCUCUUCCAUUCUUUGUUACUCAGACGCCACGCGUCUUGUCGUUUAAGCAUGUUUAUGGCCAACGGGAACGCCUUCCCCCUGCUGUUAUCAUCGACGGUGGUUCUGGCUAUUGCAAAUUUGGUUGGAGCAAAGAGGAGCGUCCAUUGGGGCGAACUCCUACCUUUUUGGAAUUCGGUAACGUGGAGACACCUAUAUAUACUAGGCUUCGACAUUUUUUUGGGACCGUCUAUGGCAGGAUGAAGGUGAAACCCAGUUCUCAAGCAGUUGUUGUUUCUUUACCAUUAUGCCACUAUGAUGAUACCGAAUCAGCUAGAGCAUCAAGACAGCAGCUUAAAGAAGCAAUCUGUGCUGCUCUAUUUGACUUGAAUGUUCCCGCUGUUUGUGCUCUCAACCAGGCAACUUUAGCUCUGUAUGCUGCAAAACAAACUUCUGGAAUAUCUGUUAAUAUAGGCUUUCAAGUCACAUCUGUAGUUCCAAUUUUAAAUGGUAAAGUGAUGCGAAAGGUGGGUGUGGAAGUUGUGGGGCUGGGAGCACUAAAACUUACAGGAUUUCUUAGAGAGAAAAUGCAACAAAACAGCUUAAAUUUUGAAUCUUUGUACACAGUUCGCACACUGAAAGAGAAGCUAUGCUAUGUGGCCUAUGACUAUGAAGCUGAGCUAUUGAAAGAUACACAAGCAUCAUUUGAAGCUGUUGAAGGGAGGUAUUCACUCUCGAAAGAGAGGUUUCAAACAGGAGAGAUCUUAUUCCAGCCACGUCUUGCUGGGGUUCGAGCAAUGAGUUUGCACCAAGCCACAGCUCUCUGUAUCGACCAUUGCUAUUCUGCAGAGUUAGCAGGCGGCAGUGAUUGGUUUAAGACCAUUGUCUUAUCAGGAGGUUCUGCAUGUUUACCAGGUUUAGCAGAAAGGUUAGAGAAGGAACUGCAUUUGUUACUUCCUCAUAUGUCAAAUGGAAUCAGAGUCAUCCCUCCUCCACAUGGUGCGGAUACUGCAUGGUUUGGUGCAAAGCUUAUUGGCAGUUUGAGCACAUUUCCUGCCCCUUGGUGUACAACAAAGAAGCAGUUCCGUCAGAAGUCUAAACUCAACCGAAUAUGGUGA